CGUUGACAAAUUAAUAUUAUCGUCGGCGUCUGUUGGGCAUCUGAUUUUGAUUUUGUUUUCUAAACUUAAUUUGUGAUUUAAUUUUUCAUUUUACUUACUUCAGAAUAACGAGAAGCGGAUAACAACCAGGCAAUCAAUCAAGAAUGUCCAACGAUAAUGACGCCCCCUUGCCAGAGGGAUGGGAGAUGAGGACUAGUCGUUCCACGGGAAUGACAUAUUUCAUCAACAUGUACACGAAGAAGUCUCAAUGGGAACGUCCGGAAGCCCCUGCGGACCCCGGUGAGAUCCGCUGUAGCCACAUACUUGUCAAACACUCGGAGAGUCGACGGCCGUCAUCCUGGAGAGAGGAGACUAUUACUCGUACCAAAGAAGAAGCACUUGAGAUUCUAAAGAGCUAUCGUAAGCAGAUUGUAGCGAACGACGCAACAUUUGUGGAUAUUGCUAGUAAAUAUUCUGAUUGUUCUUCUGCGAAACGUGGGGGAGAUCUCGGUUUGUUCGGUCGUGGACAGAUGCAACUGCCAUUUGAGGAAGAAGCUUUCAAACUGAAAGUCGGACAGCUCAGCAAACCCAUUGAGACAGACUCUGGUGUUCAUAUAAUACUAAGAACUGCUUAAAAGUAAUGGAUUUUUGAAAGAAUCAGAUUGCCCCAUUUUAGUUCUGUUGUUCUUUAACACUGUCAUGACAAAGUUAUAACCAAUCUUAUGUUCAAAAUGUUUUAUUUCUGUCUUGCUUUACAAACUGAGACAA